GAGUCAACAGCACACGAUAACCAAGAUAUAAACAAGAAAUAACCAAGAGAGAAAUAGAGAUGCAGACGAUGAAAGCGUUCGUGGUUCUUGUUGCCGUAUUUGCAAUUGAACAAGCAUCGGCGGCAGUGAAUACAAAUACUCUUGCCAGAGCAUUACACAAUAAGCUAUCCAGUCUUCUGAAGCCCGAGCUUGUGUUUCCCCCGGUACCGCCAGGGGGUAACUUUAAAGUUCUACCGAAACCUGUGACGCCCAAGCUUGACUUUCUUCUUGUACUGGACAGCAGCGGGAGCAUUACUGCCAAGCAUUUUGAAGCGGCAAAGGACGCGUGCGAGAUUCUAGUAGACUACAUUCACGGCCAGUCACCGUUUGGAAUGUAUGGAUCACGGGCCGGCCUCAUCGAGUACUCCACCCAGAGCAAAACCCACGUUGAAUUUUCAUUCGGCGACUACAACACUGUCAGUUCUAUCAAAAGCAGGAUCAAUCAAGUAAAUUUUGAUAACGGCGGCGCCACUGCAACGGGCCCCGCACUACAGUUGGCUAAAACGGAACUGGAUGUCAAAGGUCGCCCAGGCAACGUGGGAGUGGUGUGGGUAAUCACAGACGGCAAAUCAAACUCCGGAGUGAAACCUAAAAUACCCGCCGAUAUUCUCAGGGCAAAUGGUGUAACGGUUUGUGUUGUUGGCGUCGGCAAUUCCGUCAACGCCGUGGAGCUCAAUCAGAUCGGCGACAGCGGCUGCGUCUACCGAGCAGACUCGUUCGCUCAGUUGAAGACGGCAGCCAGAAUGGCUUACAACCUGAGCCAACCCCGCCUGAGUUCCGGUUUCUUCAACAACCUCUCAUUCAAGCGUGUUUAAUGAAAACGUUUUGCGAUUUCGAUGCAAUCAUUCGAAAAACACGAAGCUUAGCUUUGCACUGUACAUUCCCCAACAUUUAUUUUGAUCACUUGGAUAAUCAUGCAAACAAGAUGGAUUUGUAUUUUAGCAAAGUCAAUUGAGAAAAUAUUAUUCUGACUGUGAGAAAAACAUAAGCAGUAGGAUUUUUUAUUUAUUGGAAUGGUUCGUUAGACAUUAAGGAAACAAUACUCUGAUUUAUCAUUCAUUAAUUUUAUCUGUUAUUUUAAUGCACAAGUGUGUAUGUAUUUUCUCAGUGUGCUUUUGAAAGAUCUCUUUUGUUUCAUUUAUGUUAUGUCGUGUCACUUUUGACAAUAAAAAUGUGCUAACUGAUUAAGUAGAACUUUGAAUAUUCUAUACACACAGAAAAUCAAUCGAGGCGACAUGGGGGUUGAUAAUUUAAGGAAACUCAGGACAAAGUUAAACGUGUUCAGCGAAAGGUCGAUUUAUAAUACAGACUUGAUAAUUAAUAUGGAAUAUUUUUUUCUAAACCA